AGCAACUACUGUUUGUCAGUUUUCAAAUGGUAAUAAGAGGCUGUUUCUUCAUAGUAAAAGGAGCCUGCAUGGCGUUGAUUUGCUUCCAUAGUUUUGAGAGGAGAUCCACACAGAUCUCUGGGGAUGUAGCCUUUGUUCACUAUACCAAGAGAAGAUCCAUCAGUGUCUUCUGCCUGGAAACUGUUCAGCCAAAGAAAGCAGCCAGGAAGACCAGAGGAUUUAAUCUUUAACUUCCAGUGAGCACUGCAACAAUUGCCCCACGAGUGCCAGAAUACCUCAACUGUGCUCAUUGUAGCUCUACAAGGAUGUCAAAUGAAACCUCCAUGACUGAAUUCAUCAUCAUGGGCUUUUCCAACCUCCAGGAGCUGCGAUUUUUGUUUUUUGGGGUGUUCUUGGUCACCUACACCUGCACUCUUCUAGGCAACAUCUCCAUCAUUGCGCUUACCUGCCUGGAGCCUCAUCUUCACACCCCUAUGUAUUUUUUUCUUGGGAACCUCUCUUUCCUAGAUAUCUGCUACACCACCACCAAUGUCCCCCAAAUGCUGCUGCACCUACUGGCAGAAAGGAAAAGCAUCACCUACAUUGGCUGCGUCAUCCAACUAUAUUUCUUCCUCUCUUUUGUGGGCACAGAGUGCAUCCUGCUGGCUGUCAUGGCUUACGAUCGCUAUGUGGCAAUAUGCAGCCCAUUGCAGUACGUGGUCAUUAUGAGGAAAUCCCGCUGCCUUUGGCUGGCUGGCAUCUGCUGGGCUGCUGGUUUCCUGAACUCUGCAGUGCACACGUUUUUCACCUUCCGGCUGCCUUUCUGUCGUGCUAACCAGCUCAACUAUUUCUUCUGUGACAUCCCACCACUCUUGAAGCUGGCCUGUGGGGAUACCUCCAUCAAUGAAAUCAUCCUGCUUGCCAUAGGGGUCUUUAUAGGAUGGACCCCAUUUAUUUGUAUAGUUCUGUCCUAUGUCUACAUCAUUUCCACAAUCCUGAAAAUACAUUCUACCGAGAGAAGGCUCAAAGCUUUCUCUACCUGCACAUCCCACCUCAUCAUUGUACUUCUGUACUAUGGCAGUUCCAUCUUCACCUAUGUAAGACCCAUCUCCAGCUACUCUCUGGAUAAAGACAGACUGAUUUCUGUCCUAUACAGCGUUGUUACUCCUAUGCUAAACCCUUUAAUCUACAGCCUGCGAAACAAGGAUGUCAAAGGGGCUUUAAGAAGAUUGCUUAUGGGGAAACUGUAUUUGCAGUGAUGCUGGAAAUGCUUUUUCUAUGGAUCUUUAAAUAUCACUGAAAAAUUAAAGUUCUUUUCCCCACCUUUCAUUUUGUGCACUGCAGUUGGUGGAACAUCUGAAAAAUAUUUUCCCCAAACUCCUAUAAAUUAUUGAAAGUCAAUUUUAGUUUGAAAUGAUCACUGUAGUCUCUUUUUCACUUUUGCUGAACUUUUUAUUGUUUCUUUAAUGAAUCAGUUUAAUAUUUUUCUUCAUUUAUUUCUUAAAAUAUUAAGUGAAAAAAUACUCCAGAUCAUUUCAUAACAAGGCUAAGUAGCAUACGAGGGAGUGUAAAGCAUAAAGUAAUAGAAUAGUCACAUUGUAAAGAAUGGGGGAAGUGUCUCUGUAGAGUACUCUGUAUUUGAUAUUGGAGCAGUAAUGGGUAGGAGGAAAAAAAAAGGAGCAACUAUACUAUUUUUAAGGACAUGAGGGAAAAACAGAGGAUGUGAGGUAUGAACGGGGUAGUAUAUUAUAGGGUUAUGAAUGGGAAAAUGCAAUCUACAUUGCAUAAUGGAUGCAGGGUCAGAAUAGGAUGAGGGAUGAGAAAGGGGACUAUGAUGUUCAUGUAAUGGAAGCAGACAGUGAGCGAUAUAAAAAAAUGCAAUCCACUACCUGAUAGCCUCUAUGACCGUCUCAAAGGCACAACCAUGACAAGGUACAUAAGGCACAAUGCAAGGGACCCUUGAUGCCAGUUGUGUCUCAGUUACUCAAAUAAUGACUUGACCCUAUUACAAGGAGCUAUCACAGAUACUCACCACCAGCCCUGCUUCUUGUCCACUUGUGUCAACCCAGGGCUGCCCAGUGACUGACAACAGUGAACAGUAAGAGCACCAGAAGCCUCCAGCCCCCAGUGCAGCUACUGUCGAGAAGCAGACCCAUGAGAGUCCAGGUAAGUUUGGGGAGUCCCCCGACUCCUGGUCAGGACCACUGAGCAUUGAGUUUACCAGACCAUGGGACAGAACAGCUUGGAUGCCACUGACAUGGAGAAGCUGGGACCAUCUAACCCAGCUGCCUCAAUGACUACUCAGUGGACCAUUCUGUAAACAUUUCUGCCAAAAGCACCCCCAUCGUUGCUGCUGAUCGUUCCCUAUUACUGCCACCAACCAGUCAGCAAGGCCAGAUACCCAACCAGCUGGUGAAUUGCAGUUCUCCACCACAUGGACUCUAGUGGUAGAGUCCAUGCCACCACCCUUUGGCACGCUGAAAGGAGCCUGCUGGGUCUAUGGACAGCGACAUGGGUGACUUUAGAUGUGCACAAGAAGUACAAUUUUUUUUGGUGUGCAAACAGUUGGCAGAGUUGCUCUGGGCCUCUCAGAGGUCUGGUAUGUUUCUGUAUCUGAAAGUGGAUGGACAGAGAAGCAACCAAAACUGCAGGUGGAAAUGGGAGACACAUGUUUCAUGAUAUCUGGGAGGGUGGGGAGUAAGCGCCUUCUGGCCACCUAUUACAGGCUGUUGUUUGGGGAUCUAACUGACAGUUAUUGGGCAGUUCAUUAGUGAUCAGCUUAGCACUCGGUUGUUUCAUCAUCACUGAUGAUGAGCCAGCCUGGCUCUUUUCCCCUCAGUCUGCCUGUGCCACACCCUCUCUGAGCUGCUAUGAAGGGAAAGUCACAGUGGGUACCCUCAAGGCCUUCCCACACUACUUUGGGGAAGAUCACUACUGCCUGACCUAGAGUGACCACAUGUCUAAGGUAUUUGUAAAUCUAUAGACAAAAGCUGUGAAGCAGGCCCCAGCUACAAACAUGCGAGGAAGGUCCAGAAGGGAGAUGCCCUUGGAGGUACAUAUGACAAUAGGGUUCACCUGGAUGCUUAUACUCCCUUGACAAGUAGGAUGUAAUACAUUCACCCAACUGCAAGGCACACCAAAGUGUAUUAACACCAAUCCCCUGAAGCAGCACAAGGAUAUUCCUGUAGCAGCACAAGCUAGGGAGAGGCUGCUUUCAUUGCUAAAUAAGCCAGGGUAGUGGCCUUUAAGUGUUUGCAUAACACAAUCCAGCCAGAGAGCAAGACAAAGCUGACACAGUAGGACCACGGUGGUGUUGCUGCAGACAGAAUAGGAAUUGAAGAUCCCAAAGAGACUGGAGAGACAGCAGUCACAAAAACCUGCCUCCUGACCCCAGCUUCUGUUGGCAAAGGCAGCUGCUUCUCACUCGGGAUCAAGAGUAAGAGCCAACUUCCUUGGGGUGGUCUCAAGACCCUUAUUCCUAGUAUUAGGGCUUGUUCUGAUAAGUGCCCCUUCAUUGUGACUCAUGGGGAGCUUUUCCCAUACCCCAAUUCUAGGAUUUCACCCUUUAUUGCUGGAGAUACUGGUGAAACAGGAGAUCUAGCUUGAAUGAUCUUCAGGCACACAACACAUUUUUCUUGUGUAUUAGCUUCUCCAUCUCUCUUCCAACCCCUCCCCACCAAGAUGCAUCCCCCCCUCUGCUGGGACCCAGAGAGGGGCUUAUGAAGUUCAGCUGGGACUCAGAGAGCACACCCUCCAAGACCCUCAUACAUCCAACUGGAUGUUUUCCUUCCCUGUCCUUUCCCCAUUGAGAUUGUGGAUAGAUUGGUGGGGGUGCACCUGUGACAUAGAGCUCUGUUCCUACCUCAUUCAAAAUUUAAUGUUCCGAUUUGCCUCUUUGGGCAUUCAGUACUUGCAACUCUGGCCCCAAUUCCUCAUCUUGGCUACCUGUCGUUCUAUUCAUAUACCACAUCAGCAGAAUAGCAGGAUAUGGAGUAAGACUAUAUAAAAAUAAUCUAGCUUUUUUUUUGCUAAAAAGAUAAAGUGCAAAAAAGUACAGAAAUCCCUCUCCCCAAUUGAUAAAGGUACCAAUUACAUUUUUAAAGCAUCUACAGCUCAAGUUUUUAAAGGUAAUAAGCUGCCUGUAAAUGGAAAUGGAUCGUUAUUAAAUAUUUAAAAUAUUUCUGCCACCUAACUCCCACUGAAAUGGAUUUUGUCCUAUGCACUUACCUGCAUCAUUAGGGAACUACAUGUGACCGUCAAAGAGGGGCUUGGACUUUUAGGGACAUCAUGGACUUAAGUGCCUCAGUGCAAUUCUAGUUCAGCCAGUCAAGUCCUGCACAUCCAUUUUGCAAAAAUUAUGAGAGUAAUUUUUUGACAAGUCAGCAUGAGUUACACUUCCAAAUACUUCCUUUGAAGCCUGUAAGUGCCUUAGCAGGGAUUUGCAAAAGAUUGCAAGGUGAGCAAGUAGGCAAAAGAAAGGUAAAUGAAAACAGUGAAGGAAUUAACAAGGUCCGUUCUAUUUAUUCUGUUAUAAUAAAUGUGCCAGGUGUUGGCAAUGAACUUGAUAGGCAGCUCAUCUUGAAUUUAAUCAAAGAAAAUCUUUGUAUGCAAUGUGCAUUUAAACUACGGGCUCACUGCAGUACUAUUGACUACUGUUAAAAUUGGCACACCAAAGCCUGUUAUUCAUAUAUACCAAUACUUAAGAUCAUGGUAGUGUUGAUUAGACAUUGUAGGUGGGAUAGCUCUGACGGUCCAAGUAAAGUGAGAGGCAAUGAUUUUUGUUAUUGUAUUUCUUCCAUCUUACACAAGUCUUUGUUCUGAUCUUUCUCUCAAGCAGUGUCUGCUUUUUUCGAGGACUUGGUACUUGAGAAAAUGUGCCUAUACUCUUCCCAACUAUAUAUUUGGUCCAAUAAAAAGUCACCCACAAAAAACCCCAAAUAUUAUUUCUCACAAUAACGAUCCACAGUUGUAUCAGCUGAACUAAAACAAACAAAACCAAAACAACAGAAGACAACAACCCUCCUUCCCCCAACAACAAAAAGGCAACAUAUGAUAUUGGUUCUUGUACAUCAGUAGGUACACCCACAAGGCAUGGCCUGGAACUAGGGAUAAAAAUUCUCCAUAUCUGUCUUACAUGAUCAGUGCCCACCUGAGGAUCCUACACUUUCCCUCAUGUCAUCCACUUUUUUGCUACAUAAAAGAUAGGAUGCAGGAUAUCAAAUUGUGGUGUUUGUGUUUGGCAAUUACUAUGUUUCCCAUUUCUUGAAAGAUUUUCAAAGUAUCAGUUAGGUGGUGCUUGAGGACAAAAGAGAAAAAUACGUCUUCAUAUCAACUUGCUUUUUGGACUUUUAGAGUCAGUCAACUAAUAUUUUGUUGGUUUAUUCAUGCCUUUUGUUCUAAUAUUCACAAGUUCUUUUUAAAGUAGUCACACUGAAUGAAGAACAAAGUUAACAGAAAAACGGAACACUUAAUCGCAGAAAUCAGCCUUCAGGAACUAGUGAAUAUCCCUGAACUAGACAUUCCUCUUUUCCUGCUGUUUCUAGUUAUCUGCACUCUGACCCUGGCUGGAAACAUCCUCAUCAUUGUUCUAACUGUCGCUGAUCAGCAUCUUCAUACCCCCAUGUACUUCUUCCUAGGGAACCUGUCCUGCUCGGAGAUCUCCAGACCUGACUGAAGACAGAAUCAUUUCUGUUAGGGGCUGUAUCUUGUAGAUUCCUGAUUUUAGUUUUCUGGCACCUACAGUGUGUUAUCUCCUGGCUUUGGUGUCUUAUGAUAGGUAGUUAGCAAAAUUCAAACCUGAAUGGUAGGGCCUACCUUCAGCUGGAUCUUGCCUGAGUGGACAUAGUGGGUAGUGCCCUAGUUUAAGUGACCCAGUUACAUUUCUGUGGCUCCAAUGAAAUCGACCAUUUCUUUUGUGAUUCUGCCCCACUGAUAAAGUUUCUGCAGUGACACCAGCCUAGUCACCCAGGUUAUCUUUAUGCUUUCCUCCAUAGAAAUUCAGUUCCCAUUUAUAUUAACCAUGACAUCCUACGUUUCUAUUAUCACCACAAUACUGAGAAUCCCCUCCACCACUGGGAAGGAAAAAGCAUUAUCCACCUGUUCCUCUCACCUUGUUGUAGUAAUUAUGUUCUACAAGAUGAAAACUCUUGUCUCUGAGAUACCAAAAAACCUUGUACUCGGAGGCCUUAACAAGGUGUUCUCUGUAUUCUGUGCUGUCUUGUCUCCCUUGUCCUAUCCCCCAAUUUACAUGCUGAGAAACAAGGAGGUAAAGAAAGCCUUGAGAAAUAUUGUCAGUAAAUCAUGAUUUAUGGCACAACUGUAAUGGUUUAAAAAAAUUAAGAUACAUCAGUUUGAUUCAGGUAGUCAGCCAAGCUUUAACUAGUCCCCCCUAACUCCAUCUGAGUGGACUAUCCUCAGGUCAAGUAAGGACAUACUGAGUUUUUUCCAAUAGCUCUCUCCCACCUUCAGUUUAAGUGCUAGCAUUUUUUGCUUCACCUAGGGAUGGGACUGGAACAUUCAGACAUGCUUCAAAUUUAGUGAAUGAAGCAGGGAAUGUGGCAAAUAAAUGAAACUGUAGGUGAGCCAAACAGAUAACACGAUAGACAAGUUUCACAGUAGAAAUGAAUGUCCUUAAAAAUAUCAAAUUCUGUUCAUCACUUUCUACACAGAUGAGCCAAAUUCUCACUGGUGUUCGUCUACCUACACCUCGUUAACAAUGAUCUAUGGCAGUCAAGGCUUUUGUCCAACUGCUUUGAUGGACUAAUGCUGCUUUAUACCUUAUGGGGAUCUAGUUCAUUAGAUGCAAUGCAGCUACAGUGAGUUACCACAUUUAAGGAAGUAAGAAAGAAAAUGUCUCUAUUAGUUCUUCAUUCCCCCUUUUACUGUAUUUUUACUCUAGUGAGCAUUUUUUAGUUUUCAGAGUUUCUGUUUUUCAUUGUGGCCCCGUCACAGGCAGGUGCUGUAUGAACAUGAAGAAAGAAAGCUCAGGGUGCAAAUUUUGCACUCUAAGGGCAUGUAGAGAUGAAGUGCAGAGGUGUUAAAAAAUUUAAACUUCUCUGGGUUUGCAGCAGAAUGAAAGUGUUCAAUCCUCUUCUAGAAGGAGCCCAAAGCCAAUACAACUAAGCCAGUACUGACCUUGUUGAACACUGAGAAGUUAAAGUUGGUUGACAGGCUGCCCUUCAUUAGGUUGAAGAGGUGGUACAUGUGUACUAUGGGGCAGUAAUGGUAUACACGGAUCUGGUUACUCAGCUCCAGGCACGUAGCUGGUGGUGUUACAAGGGCUUGGGCAUCCUGGGGGACUGGUGCACUUCCAUGGAACUGCAGGCUUCAUAUAUAAGUAGUAAGAAAGGUAACGAACUGGGGCAAUUCUCACAUUUUACAGCAUACAGUUAAAUCCUGGGGUUUGCCCAUCCAGUCACCUCUCCCUUGCAGCUACAGCUUGAAAUGGCUCAGGAAAAAACUGGUAGGCUGAAGCUCAAGCAUGACAGCAUGUCAGCUUCCAUGGGAAGAACUUUCAGGAGGUUUAUAUGAGGACCUCAUGAGGCAUGUGUCAGAGCAACAGGGCUCUCCUACUCACUGUGGGGUGGAAGUCACUCUCCAUAUGGGCACUGAUGAGCUCAUCACUCCAGGCUUUAUUACG